AUGGAUCAACAGAAAUUCCUUGAACAGCUUACCAUUGUCCUUGAUCCAAAGAAGGGCAAUGUCAAGACUGCCACAAGCGUCCUGCAAAAUGAAUUCUACAAGCAACCAGAAUCUCUCCUUUUCCUCAUCCAACUCAUAAUCUCCCACGACAAUGCAGACCUCAAACAACUUGCGGCCACCCAAGCCAAAUCCUUAGUCUCCAAACACUGGACGAAGAUCCCCAACGAACAACGUCAACAUGCAAGAAGCCAACUUUUUCAAGCUACCCUCUCUGAAUCUUCCUCCCUCGUCCGGCACUCGUCUUCCCGCCUGAUUAGCGCUAUUGCAAAGAUCGAUCUUGAAGAUGGCGAAUGGCCCGAAUUGCCAGGCCUGCUGCAACAGGCGGCCACAAGCUCCAAAGCCUCCGAGCGUGCGGUUGGUGUCUACGUCCUUUACAGCAUUCUUGAGACCAUGGGUGAUGGCUUCAGCUCCAAAUUUAAAGAGCUAUUUGCAUUGUUCGGCAAGACAAUCAAAGAUCCAGAGAGUUUGGAAGUCCGAGUCAAUACAAUGUUGGCCAUAUCAAAGAUGGCUCUUGUCGUCGAUGCAGAAGAGGACCAAGCCUCGACCAAGGCAUUCCAGAACCUAUUCCCAUCCAUGGUCGCCGUCUUGAAGGACACCAUUGACAAUGGUAAGGAAGAUGAGAUUAUGCUCACUUUCGAAGUCUUCAAUACGCUCCUGACCGCCGAAUACCAACUUAUGUCAAAACACUUCCAAGAGCUUGUCGGCUUCAUGAAUGAAAUUGCUACAAAUACCAACAUGGCAGAUGACACAAGAACUCAAGCCAUCAGUUUCCUGAUGCAGUGUGUUAUCUAUCGGCGGCUGCGAAUUCAAGGUGCCAAGAUGGGUGAACCAUUGACCAAGAGCAUGCUACAGAUCGUCACCGAGAUCGAUGAGGCUUCUGCCGACGAUGACGAGAUCACCCCUGCCCGAUCAGCAUUGGGGUUGAUUGAUACUAUGGCUCAAAGUCUUCCCGCCAGUCAAGUCGUUGUGCCAUUACUCGAUGCCUUGCCCCAAUAUUCCCGGAGCCCAAACCACAAGAACCGCCAGGCUGGUAUCUUAGCUCUUGGUAUGGCCGUCGAAGGCGCGCCGGACUUCCUUAGCACUCAGCUCCACUCGGUCAUGCCUAUCCUUUUUACACUCUUGGGAGAUCCAGAGGUCACGGUUCGACAGGCCGCUCUACAGACGACUGCUCGGCUUGCCGAUGACAUGCCAGAAGACGUCACCAAACAGCACGAGAAGUUGAUGCCGUUACUGGUCAAAAACCUUACGGCCGCAAUGAAUGCCUACAAGGGGGAGGAGAAGGGACCAGCUGUCGAUAUCAUGAAGUCUGGAACUAGUGCCAUCGAUGCAGUCGUCGGCGGCAUGGAUGCUGAAGAGGCCCUGCAAUACUUGGACGAAUUGGCGCCUCUCCUUCAGAAACUCUUCCGCCAUCCCGAUUUCAAGAUCAAAGCUUUGGCGGCAGGCGCACUAGGCUCAUUGGCGUCGACUGUGGAGGGCCCCUUCCUGCCUUAUCUCAGCAACUCCAUGAAUGCUAUGCAGGAAUACAUCACAAAGAAAGAGGGUGACGAAGAACUGGACCUUCGGGCUAGUUGUACGGAUGCGAUGGGAGAAAUGGCUGUCGCCGUUGGUGCUGCCGAGUUCAAGGACUAUGUGCGACCACUCAUGCAAACCAGCGAACAAGCGCUUCAUCUUGAACACUCGAGACUCAAAGAAAGUACGUACAUCCUCUGGGGAUCUCUUGCAAAGGUCUACGAAGAGGACUUUGCCCCUUUCCUGGGUGGUGUUGUGCAGGGCCUUUUCGAAUGUAUUGACCAAGAAGAAGCCGACCUGGAGGUUGCGCUGGGGGACAGUGCCAAGGAUCUUCUUGGAAAAGAGGUCACAAUCGCCGGACAGAAGGUCAAGGUUGCGGCCGCCGAUAGCGACGAGGAGGCGGAAGACGGUACCAUUGAGGAUGUCGAGAUUGACGGCGAAGAUGAUAGUGAUUGGGGUGAUCUUGCCACCGUCACGCCAAUUGCACUCGAGAAAGAGAUUGCAAUUGAAGUCAUUGGUGAUGUUGUCUCCCACACCAAGACCGCUUUUCUUCCCUACUUCGAAAAGACGGUCGAGAAGCUGCUUCCUCUGGCCGAACACACUUAUGAGAAUGUUCGAAAAGCGACGAUCAGCACUUUGCAUCGAGCAUAUGCUGCACUCUACGACAUAGCUGAAGAAUCUGGUCGGCUGCAGAAAUGGAAGCCGGGCCUUCCACUCCAGAUCGAACUCUCACCAGAGUUGAAGAAAUUUGGAGAAGUUCUGAUGACUGCGACAUUGAAUGUCUGGCCUGAAGAAGAAGACACUGCGACUGUCUCAGAGAUAUCGAGAGCUCUAUCAGAAAAUCUCAAAAUGACCGGACCUGGCCUCCUCUCCUACCCUGAUGUCCUGACAAAGAUCGUUCAGACCGUCACCGAUCUCAUAACGAAGAAACAUGCAUGUCAAAUUGACAUGGGAGAAGAAGCAUUGGAUGAGGAAGAUAUGGAAUCUACAGAACUUGAAUGGCUCGUUGUCGAUAGUGCCAUGGAUGUCAUCUCUGGCCUCGCUGCGGCUCUCGGUCCCAGCUUCGGCGAAUUGUGGAAAAUCUUCGAGAAACAAGUCCUUCGCUACGCAAGUGGUGGAGAAUCUCUCGGCCGGGCUUCUGCCUGCGGAGUUCUUGCUGAGAUCAUCACGGGCAUGGAAGGCGCAGUCACUCCGUACACGUCACAGAUGAUGACUGUGCUCCUCAAGCGUCUUGGUGAUGAGGAUCCACAAACCAAGUCAAACGCCGCCUACGCAAUUGGUCGUCUCGUCGAGAAAUCAAACGAUGAUGCCACUGUCUUGAAGGCGUACCCCCAGAUUCUGCAGAAACUAGAAUCGGUUCUUCAUAUCACUGAAGCACGUUGCACGGACAAUGCCGCAGGUUGUGUGUCCCGCUUGAUCCUCAAGCACAAGGAUAAAGUCCCAGUGUCUCAGGUCCUUCCUGCUCUUGUCGACAGCGGAAUCCUCCCUCUAAAAGACGACUACCAAGAGAACGAACCAGUGUGGAAGAUGAUCGUGCAGCUCUACCGUGACCAAGAACCUACAGUGCAACAACUCACCCCGAAACUCGCAUCCAUCAUGAUGAACGUCCUCGGCGAGCCCCAAGAUCAGCUGACCGACGAAGUCAGAGAACAAGUUCAGGCUCUUGUGGAGCACUUGAAGAAUAUGCAUUAG